GCAAUAUAUGCACUUUUGUUUCGCUUGAAACAAUAAACCAACAUGGCGGCACGGAAAAAGGAUGGCGCUCCUGAUUGGAAAUACUACGAAUCUCUCGAUACUAUUGCUCUCUUUGAACCGGUCAAGCAGUAUCUGCUGAAAAACUGUAAAAAGUAUGUGCAAGUGGAACCACCUACGAAUAAAGCUCUCGCUACACUUACAGCACAGCUGCUACAAUUUCAAGAAGAUAACUUUGGCAAGGAUGUUAGCAAGCAGGCACUUUUGACUAAACUACCAAUGAAGAUGUUCAUGGAUUACUCUUCAGGUGGCAGUCUAUGUGUUAUCUUUGCAAAUGUAUUUAAGACCAAGAUGGAGCAAGGAUGGAGGAGAUUUGACUUCCAGUCUCCAUCACGAAUGGAUAGAAAUGUGGAGCUCUUCUUGAACAUGGAAAAGGCAUUAAGAGAGGCUAAACUUUUGAGCGUGCCAAAUGUGUUCAUUACACCAGAAGUGGAUCCACGACUUGCUGCCAAAUUAAAGGAUAUUGUCAAGAGGCACAAUGGUGCUAUAACAGAAGACAGAUCAGAAGCAAGUCAUGUUGUUUAUGGCCCUCCUCCACCUUUUCCCGAAGAGGAGUGGCUGAGGCCUCUGCUAAGACAAGACAAACAAGUUCUAGUACAUUGGUGGUACUACCCAGACAGCUAUGACACCUGGGUGCCAUCAAGUGACAUCGAAGAUGAGCCUCAGCCAGAGCCCCAACACCAGGGACCCUGGCAGGUGAAUGCUCGUUGGUUGACAGAUCUUGAUGUUUUCAAUGAGUGGAUGAAUGAGGAAGAUUAUGAGUUAGCUGAUACAGAUGGCUCUGGCAACAAAAGAGAAACAUCCCCAGCAUUAGGAAAAACAAGAAGAAAAAGCUUAAGAACAGGUGCCAGUUCUGAUGAGCAACCAGGCAGUCCUGAUGGAGGUUAUGUGAGGGCAGUUAAUAAACCCACUUGUAAGAAUAAUCCAUUUUUCUGGAAAUCUAAGAAAAGAAAGAGAUCCCCAUCACCUGAUCUAAAGAAGAAAAAGAAAAUAAUAUAUUUUCUUGAUAGAGUGGGACCAGCAAAUCCGAAGAAAAAAUCUGGAAAAGAGGAGGAAAAUGACAGUGACGAUGCUACUAAAGAUCUUCCUGAUCCAUCACCCAUUCCCAAUGUUGAAGAAGUCUCUGCUUCGAGUACCUCAGGCUCCAAGGGAAAAGAAGCUGAUCUACAACCUUUGAAAGGAAAUUCAUUGACGGACAUUUCAGAUUCAGGAAAGCCAGAGGGUGCCGAUGUGGAAGAAAUGGAGACCGAAAGUCAAGCGGAUACACAAGAUCAACCCGAAGACAGUACAGAGCAGUCUGCGCCUGCCUCACCUUCAUCCAGCCAGACGAAAGAUGGAAUCUUCAAAGAACCGCUUGUCCUGCAAGACACAGAAGCUCACGAUGAGAACCUUACGGAGCAGACGCAUCACAUCAUCAUACCCAGUUACGCCUCUUGGUUUGACUACAACAGUGUCCACGCCAUUGAAAGAAGAGCCCUGCCGGAGUUUUUCAACGGAAAAAACAAAUCCAAGUCUCCUGAAGUGUAUCUGGCUUGCCGAAACUUUAUGCUCGAUGCUUAUCGACUGAAUCCAACGGAAUAUCUGACUGCUACAGCUUGCCGGCGAAAUCUAUGCGGUGAUGUGUGUGCGAUUGUGAGGAUCCAUGCCUUCUUGGAGCAGUGGGGUCUGAUCAAUUAUCAAGUAGACGCAGAUGGCCGUCCGGCGCCUAUGGGGCCACCUUCUACAUCUCACUUCCAUGUGUUAGCAGAUACUCCUGCGGGUUUACAGCCUUUGCAACCUGCGAAAGCACAGAUUCCUGCCUCCCAACAAAUCAUCCAAUUCAAAGAUGACCUGGGAGGAAAAGAGACUUAUAAGAGCGGUGUGACAGGAGCAAACUUUGGCCUUCGUUCAGACCAGUACCUAUCUAAAAAGAGUCAAAAGGCUGCAACAGCCACAAAGGAGUGGACGGAACAAGAGACACUCCUCCUUUUAGAGGGCCUGGAAAUGUUCAAAGACGACUGGAACAAGGUGGCUGAACAUGUCGGAACACGAACUCAAGAUGAAUGUAUCUUGCACUUCCUUAGGCUUCCGAUAGAAGACCCGUACCUUGAGGAUGUACAGUUGGGUCCCUUAUCACACCAGCCCACGCCGUUCAGUCAGCAGGGUAACCCUAUCAUGUCUACUGUAGCUUUUCUUGCUUCUGUUGUGGAUCCUCGGGUCGCCAGUGCUGCUGCUAAAGCUGCUCUAGAGAAGUUCUCUGAGAUGAAGGACGAGAUACCGCAGUCAGUUAUUGACAGCCAUGUUAAGAAUGCUGCAAAUGCACGAGCGGAGAAAGUGAAGCAAGAAAACUCAGACGAAAGCAAAGAAGAAACACCACAACCCAUGGAAGUGAAUGGAAGCCAGGCAACUGUCCCCGAGGGAGGAGAGACACGAGCUCAAGAUGCAAAGGCGGAAGAGUCUUCCGAGCCAAGUAGCCAAGCGCAGAACGGCGAGAAAACACCGGCUAUAAACGAAGAAAACAUCGCGAAGGCGGCGGCUUCAGCCCUAGCAGCCGCUGCAGUCAAAGCAAAGCAUCUGGCGCAGGUUGAGGAGCGGAAGAUCAAGAGUCUUGUAGCGCUUCUUGUGGAGACUCAGAUGAAGAAACUGGAAAUUAAACUGCGCCACUUUGAAGAACUUGAAACCAUCAUGGACCGUGAACGAGAAGCGUUGGAAUAUCAGCGUCAACAGCUACUUGCUGAACGACAACAAUUCCAUCAAGAACAACUGAAGGCCGCCGAGCUGCGCGCUCGAGCUUCUGCCGGUCACCUUUCCCCGUCAGCUGCCUCUCCUGCGCAGCUGCAACCACAACCACAGACAUCCCAACCUCAGCUGCAGAUCCCACCACAGCAGCAACAACAGCAACAACAACAACAGCAGCAGCAGGCACAGGCACAUCAACAGCCAAAGCUUAGGCAUUCGCAGCAAGCCCCGCCCACGGCUCCUCAUCCAGGUGCCACCAGCCAAGCGCCACAAGUCGCCAGCCCCGCGCCACAAGUUGCAGGUAACAGUCAGCCUGGCGGAUCCAAUCCACCGUCCGCCUCUGCCUCACCAGCUCCAGUAAUGAAUCCUGGCUCUGUUCCUCAGAUGGGCUCCCAUCCUCAUUCUGGAUGCAGUACCCCGGUGUCAUUCAUGGGAUCGAAUGCUGCCUCCCCUGCAUCAGCCCCGAGUACCCCCAGUAACGCCCCCUUACCUCAUGCUGCCGCUGGCCAGGUCGCUCACGGGCCCGCGGACAAUGCGGUUUCGAGCCCAGUUCCCCCGAACCAAAGCAUGAUGGAUUAAUAACAAAAGAGAAAAACAUUUGUCAAUUGUUUAUUUUCUUUGAUGCUAGUUUGUGUAGUUUGUUUCUUUGUGAAGUAUUAAA